GAGAGAGAGCGCCUGCACUCCAGCUUAGCGCCCAGUUCGGCACAGACGCUCCGAGCUUAGGACCCGCACCGCCGUGACUUUUGAGGGACGUUUACUUUUCGUGCGGCCGAAAAAACAAACACACAAAUAAGCAGCCAUGGAUGCCAUUAAGAAGAAGAUGCAGAUGCUCAAGCUCGACAAGGAGAACGCCUUGGACAGAGCUGAGCAGGCUGAAUCCGAUAAGAAGGCAGCAGAGGACAGGAGCAAGCAGCUGGACGAUGAAUUAAGGGAAUUGGAAAAGAAAUUGCGCAUAACUGAGGACGAGCGCGACAGAGUGUUAGAGGAGUUCCAAGGUGCCGAGGAAAAGCUGCUGUCCGCCGAGGAGGUCGCUACAAAGCUCGAGGAUGAUUUGGUAGCUCUGCAGAAGAAACUGAAGGGCACUGAGGAUGAGUUGGACAAGUAUUCCGAGGCUCUUAAAGAUGCCCAGGAGAAACUGGAGCUGUCUGAGAAGAAGGCCGCAGAUGCUGAGGCCGAUGUAGCCUCUCUUAACCGACGUAUCCAGCUGGUUGAGGAGGAGUUGGAUCGUGCUCAGGAGCGUCUUGCCACUGCCCUGCAGAAGCUGGAGGAGGCUGAGAAGGCUGCUGAUGAGAGCGAGAGAGGCAUGAAGGUUAUUGAGAACAGGGCCCUGAAGGAUGAGGAGAAGAUGGAAAUCCAGGAGAUCCAGCUGAAAGAGGCCAAGCACAUUGCUGAGGAAGCUGACCGCAAAUAUGAGGAGGUGGCCCGUAAGCUGGUGAUCGUUGAGGGUGAGCUGGAGCGUACAGAGGAGCGUGCUGAGCUGUCUGAGGGCAAAUGCGCUGAGCUUGAGGAAGAGUUGAAAACUGUGACCAACACCCUGAAGUCUCUGGAGGCCCAGGCUGAGAAGUACUCACAGAAGGAAGACAAAUAUGAAGAGGAGAUCAAGGUCCUCACCGACAAGCUGAAGGAGGCUGAGACUCGUGCCGAGUUCGCUGAGAGAACAGUAGCCAAGCUUGAGAAGACCAUUGAUGACCUGGAAGAUGAGUUGUAUUCCCAGAAACUCAAGUACAAAGCUAUCAGCGAGGAGCUGGACCACGCUCUCAACGACAUGACUUCAAUGUAAUUCGUGCACUCUGUUUGCUUGUGCCUCUGCCUGCCCAUCCUCCCAUCCCUGUCUACUUUCCUCCGUCUUCACCUGAUCACUCCAUCUCUCUGACUGUGUGACCUUGUUCCAUUAAUUCACCAACCAUAUCUCCCUUUUUAAAACUUCCUGCUAUCUCUGUUACUCAGCAAGAUCAAUGGCUGCUGUUACUGUUAGUGCUCCUCUUGAAACGUAGUGCAUUGUCAAUGGCAUGUUCACGCCUCUGCACACUCUGUGGCAAAGGCUGUGAAUGUGUGCUAGUCAAUGUAGUUUCCUCUCUUGUACAUAUCACAAAUAGUCAUAAGGUUGUCAUGGGAGGAGCAAAUAUGUGCAACAGUGAAGCCAGAUUUUGUGAAACAGUGUAUAGUAGUGUGCUGUUUUUAUAACCUCUGUAUGAAUUUUACUGGUUUGUGAUAUAAACAGGGCUUACACCAGCCUCUAAAAAGUGUUUACUCAUGACUGAUACAUUACAAAUAAGGUGCAUUGUUAACCUUGACACAGAGCAUGUACACACUUUGCUAAAAUGCAGUAUUGUUAAAGGGGAAGCAUGUCCGUGAAAACUGUACUUGAGUUACUUCCUGUGUGUAUCCUCUUCUGACUUACUCCGUUCCUACUAACACUGUCAACUUCUAUGUAGUGUGCUCAGUGCACCUCAGUUCAACAUGGUGUUUGAGACUGAGAUGACACAGUGUACAAUAUGUGGUGUUCUACUUUAUGAUCGGCCUGUGUGCUGUUUGGUAAGUCAGCGCAGGUGGUUUUUGGGUUUGGCGUCUCUCCGUAGCUAUUAAAGUUACACUAGCUGCAAUCUAGCUGUUUUUUUUUAAUUGCAUGUUGUGUGUUCUAGGGUAGUUAUAAGUGGAUUCUUUCUUCCAUUUAUGCUUUAACUAUGACCUAGACCAGAGAUUUAGAAGGCAGGUUAAUGUUUUUAGCAUUAUGCAGGGCAGUUAAUCUUCCAUUAACGUCAUAUAAGUAAGGAAUAAAACACUCUGGGCUGUGUUUUAUAACAAGAGGAUACUUGUUAUAGGAACAUAAACCAUUUUGUGUCUGUGAAUUAUUAGAUGGUUAUCUUCCUGUAGCAAAAUGGCCUGAAGCGUGUUAUUCCUCUUACAACAGAGAUUACAAUUUUUAAGUUAUUACUGAACAUAUUGUGAUUUAUAACCGUUUAUAGUUGCGUUUAAUGUUGCGGAAUGUCCAGGAGACAAGUUCCUGUUAUCACUUACAGUAUAGUAGCUAUAAACAGUCAUUCUCUACUCUACCCAGCCUUUCUUGAAGUUAAUAAGAAAAAAAACGCAGCUUGGCAUGUUACCAAGAAACUGCAAAGCAUGAAGUCUUUUUCCUGAAGACUCUCCCUUGGUGGAAAACGAACUCCUCAUUACAAAGCAUUGACACCUGAGACUUAUAUGUUAAAUAAACAUCUAAUAAUAGAAAACGUCACCAUAUCACCAAGUAUACGAUUUCUUUCUUAAAUAACAACACGUUUUUAAAUUCACUUAUCAUCAGACUUUUAUCAUGUGGCGCAUAUGCUAUACAAGUCCCUGUGAAGGAGUUGUUAUUACAGAAACGAUUAUGUGUUAGAAUGAGUGCCUUAAUAUAGAAACCCUAAUGUCUUAGCACGAGCACUGUGAACAACCGCGAUUCUGUAUGCAUCAUUUCUGACACACAGACCCUGUGUGUGUAAAUUUAUACACUCAGAGCACAAGUAUACAGGGUGAAA